AUGGCCACAGCCAUACAAACAGUCUCGGAGAGCAAAGAGCUUCGAGGCUUAAACCUCAUCGCGGCGCAUUCACACAUUCGCGGUCUGGGUGUAGAUCCGGAAACAUUGGAACCAAGAGCUUUGUCGCAGGGGCUUGUAGGCCAGGAAAAGGCGCGUAAAGCUGCCGCGGUGAUUCUACAGAUGGUGAAGGAGGGAAAGAUUGCGGGGCGUGCAGUUCUCAUCGCUGGUCCUCCAAGGCAUGUCGGUCGCAAACCACCAGUCAUGAUCUACUAA